AUGCCAUCGUUGGAUCCUGAGACCUUGGAGGCUUCUUGGGCAGAUACGACCAGUAGCAGCACAAGACCCAGAAGAGGAAUACGCUCAACAGAAAAGGAGAGUCGCAGAAGGAUAUCUCAUCGCGUGGAGAGUAUUGGAAGUCCAGAGAAACGUCUUAGGACAAAGACAUUCAUGGACAAAACACCCUCAGUUUCUUCAGACUCGGCAUCUACAUUACGACCAAUCCCGAGAGAAGCCAACAGCUUGCAGGACAUUAUUGACGUCUGCAUCGACUAUUCUGGCAUCAUGGCGUCCUGGCUAUUCGAGGUCGUGGGCGGUUCGCUUCAGGUUCUCAAGAGGCCCAUCUCCUAUCUGCUUGCUGUCUGGCUUCUAUUUGGGAUGGGUGUCAUGCUCAGGAACCUCGUCACUAACUCUGUCUACGCAUCAUUAUCACCCAUUUGCCGAGUGCCCGGCAUAUCCUUUCUCAAUCUACCGUUUUGUCCUACCUAUCAAGGCGACGCCGGUAAUGGGCCUCCACCGGUCGAGUUUGACCAGUUGAUGACGAUGCAAUCUAAGUUUGAGGAGGUGAUGGAGGAGAGUGCUAGCAGUGUUUCGCUACCAAUGGAUAUGAAGCACGGAGAGGCGUCUAUACGUGAUCUACGUCAACUUGUGCGCUAUAGCCAGCUCAGCUCCAAGAACGAGCUCGUUCUUGAAUUCGACGGAUUCAUUGAGACUGCUCGAGUCGCAUCAUAUGAUCUCCAAAAAUUCAACAGCCACGUCGGUCGAGCUGUCGACCAGGUCAUUUCGAUCACGCGUUGGACGAGUCGAGUUCUAGAUGGAAUUCAAGAACGCGAUGUCGCUCGCGGGGCAAUCAAUGCAUUCAUCAGCGACAAAUUGUUAGCUCCAUUCCAACCGGUAAAGUUCACUGAGAGUAUCCUCCUCGACCAGUAUAUCCAGCAUACUCGCCUAGUAGAAGAAGAAAUCUACAAAUUGAUCAGUGAAGCCCAGGCUCUACUGUCAGUACUCAAUAACCUCGAAGAUAGACUAGAGGUCAUCCAUGGAAUCUCAACUCGGGAUGGAAUUCAUACUCAAGCCAUGAAAGACGAGGUCCUAUCAAGCCUCUGGGCUAUGGUGGGGGGAAACCGCUACAAGCUAAAGAACAUGGAUCGCCAACUCAACUUAUUACAACAAGUCGGUGUUUAUCGCAAAAGUGCAAUGGCCCAUGUCUCGGGAACUAUCCUCCGUCUUCAAGCGAUCGGCGCUGGAUUAGAAGAUUUGCGCGAGCGCGUAGGGUCUCCAGAGCUACUGCGGGAUAGGGCUGAUAUUCCCCUUUCUGUCCACAUCGAGAAUAUUGAACGUGGUGUGGAAAGAUUAGAAGAAGGAAGAAGAGCUGCACGCAAAGUGGAGGACGAGCAAAUCCGAAAAACGUUGGAGCGUGGGCAAUUAGAAGGGUCACUUAUAGAUUGA